UUCUAUGGAAGGCAUCAUACAUUGAACACAUAUUAGUUUAUUACAAUUACGAAGUAUUCUGUUGUAUGCCAUCAAACGGUGUAUUGUAAAAACUAUGCAGUCUGCCAAACGAAUAUUGUUAUUAAGCUCAACGAUUUUUGUGUGUUUAAAAUUAACAUUUGCUUUUCACAUAAAUAUUCCGAAACCUGAUACUGUCUACAUAAGCAUACCAUCCGAUCAAUACAAUAAUAUCCAAUGGCUAGAAGACCCUAAAUAUACGAAAUCGACGUGUGGGACGUUCAGAGCUUAUGAUACCGAAACGUUAGAAAAAGUUGUCGGUAGAUGGUAUACCAUUUACGUAUCAAAUAUUCCAUCAACUUCGGCUUAUUGUAGUCAAUUUACAAAUGUCCAAAGACUAUGCAAAUGUAGUGGAAUUGAUUUUACAAUAGCUAUAAAAGAUAAUGCUAUUUCAUUUGUCAUGUUUUCAACGAAUACAGUAGAAAAGUCCGUGACUUAUGAGUUGGCAACAGCUUCAUUCUUCGGAAAUCGACAGUUAAACAUGAAUCAAAUAAUAAUACGAAGUUUUGUGUUAAAAUCCAACGAGAAAAUGAAAGGACUAGGAGGCUUUAUAAUUCCAAAUGGUGUUAUCGUUGAUUCAGAUGAUUUCAAGUCUUACAUAAUUAUGAUGUUCUGCAAAGAAAGGGCGGUAAAACCUACUGUUAUGGUUCUCGUAAAUGCACUUCCUAUUUCUGAAGAAAUCAAGAACAUAACAUUAAAAUAUUUAACAGACAAUAAAAUCGAUAUUCAGUUAGUUAAAGUCAGUCACAAAAAUUGUAGGCAUGGCCAAAAUAUUGUAGGAUACAAUCAUGAGUUUUGAACAGUUCUACAAAAUUGUGUAAAAUGUUUGAGUUGUUAAAUGGUUCAAACUACGUCGUGAUAUACACCAUAUUAUAAAAACACUUACGGGAAUAAAAAAAAAAAAUAUUUAAUAAUCAUAUUCUAUCGGUUUGUGUUUCAAUUUAUUGAUCGUUAAAUUGUUGAGUUUAAUUUACAAGCACUUAAACGCGUUUUAUUUAAUAUGUUAAAUAUUUAUAAAACUAAUUAAAACAUUUUUACUGACAGCAGGGAACACCUAUCAAAAUCUGUUUGUAUUAAACUGAUUGAUUACUUACCUACAUGGUAACCGUAAGCAAUAAAUAGGGGAAAGUAAAAAAAAAA